CGCAGAGCCCCAAAAAGUCGAGAGCCGAGCACGAAACGUGAAGCAGCGUCGAGACGGGGCACGUUAAACGGCACAAAAGUGUAGUGUAGUUCUAGGCUUUAAGGUUUUUUUUCCCCCUUUUUUGUUUUUGUUUUUAUGUUGCAAUCCUUUUGGUUUGUCACAACACACAGGCAGACACAAACAGACACAAAAGCAACUAAAACACAACAACGACGGCGAAAACUAUUCAGCGAUUAUGUUUAUUGGCAUCGUGCACAAAAUCCGAAAACCCAGCAAAUAGCGCAAUGUUGUCCAACCUGACCCCAACCUAUGCAUACGCGCCAGGCACGUCCAACAGACAAAGUGAGUGGAAGUGAGGGUGGUGACAUCAGUAGGCGUGACCAGCAGUUGCCAGCCACGGCUCCGGAGAGCGCGUGUGCCUUUUAAACGGGACACGCGACAGUGACAAACUCAACUCGUGGGCAAGGAAUACACAGAACAAAAUAUUCAGGUUUGCGGCUAACACAAAUCACACGUAGAACUUAGCCCACAAACAAUACAAAACAAAAAAGAGAUAGAUAUAUAUACAACGUAUAUCCAACGAAAUAUAUAAACACAUAUCGUAGAUAGAGCUAAUCAAAUUAGCAACUGGCACACUUCAUUUUUACUGUGAUCAUGACAUAUAUACCUAAGAAUAUGCAUCAUUAUGCGCAUGCAGCCAUGAAUCUGAUCAACAUGGACUCGGAGAACCGUGUCGUGCUCAACGUGGGCGGCAUUAGACAUGAGACAUAUAAGGCUACACUGAAAAAAAUACCAGCGACGCGUCUGUCGCGCCUGACCGAAGCGCUGGCCAACUAUGAUCCCAUACUGAACGAGUAUUUCUUCGAUCGGCAUCCGGGCGUAUUCGCACAAGUGCUCAAUUAUUACAGAACUGGCAAGCUGCACUAUCCCACAGAUGUGUGCGGUCCGCUGUUCGAGGAGGAAUUGGAAUUUUGGGGUCUUGACUCGAAUCAGGUGGAGCCCUGCUGCUGGAUGACCUAUACACAGCAUCGCGACACACAGGAAACCCUUGCCGUACUUGAUCGCUUGGAUCUGGAUACGGAAAAACCGUCCGAAGAGGAAUUGGCGCGCAAAUUUGGAUUUGAAGAGGAUUAUUAUAAGGGCACCAUAUCCUGGUGGCAGGAAAUGAAACCACGCAUUUGGUCGCUAUUCGAUGAGCCUUACAGUUCUAAUGCCGCCAAGACCAUUGGAGUCGUUUCGGUAUUCUUCAUAUGCAUUUCGAUAUUGUCCUUCUGCCUGAAAACCCAUCCGGACAUGCGUGUGCCCAUUGUUCACAACGUGACCGUGAAAACGGCCAACGGCAGCGCCGCCUGGUUCCUGGACAAAUCAAUGACCAAUGCGCACAUUGCCUUCUUCUACAUAGAAUGCGUUUGCAAUGCCUGGUUUACAUUUGAGAUACUGGUGCGCUUUAUCUCAUCGCCGAAUAAGUGUGAAUUCUUAAAGUCAUCUGUUAACAUCAUAGAUUAUAUAGCGACGCUUAGUUUUUAUAUCGAUCUAGUGCUUCAGCGAUUCGCAUCGCAUCUGGAGAACGCGGAUAUACUCGAGUUCUUCUCGAUCAUACGCAUAAUGCGACUCUUCAAGCUGACGCGCCACUCGUCCGGCCUGAAGAUACUCAUCCAAACGUUCCGGGCAUCGGCGAAGGAGCUGACGCUGCUGGUAUUCUUCCUGGUGCUGGGCAUUGUGAUCUUUGCCAGCCUCGUCUACUACGCCGAGCGCAUCCAGCCCAAUCCACACAACGACUUCAACAGCAUACCGUUGGGCCUGUGGUGGGCUCUGGUCACCAUGACCACGGUCGGCUACGGCGAUAUGGCGCCCAAGACCUACAUUGGCAUGUUUGUGGGUGCCCUUUGUGCCCUUGCCGGUGUGCUAACCAUUGCACUGCCAGUGCCCGUCAUAGUCAGUAACUUUGCCAUGUACUAUUCGCAUACACAGGCGCGAGCCAAACUGCCAAAGAAGCGUCGACGAGUGCUUCCCGUGGAACAGCCGCGACAGGCGCGUCUGCCAGGUGAGCGCGCUCCCGGCGGCGUCAGUGGCUGCGGUACUCCAGGCUCUGGUCCGCAUUCGGGUCCGAUGGGCUCGGGCGGCACCGGACCGCGCCGCAUGAACAAUAAAACCAAGGAUCUGGUUAGUCCCAAGUCAGUUGCUCAACUCUUCACAGGUCCCUUGGGAGCCAGCAUCGUUGCGAUGAGUCCGCGCACCAUGUUAGAUUUGAAUCCGGCACUGGCCAUGGGUAAGCCCACAUUUCAGCCUCGUUUCCCAACACAACUAGCAGCGACGACCACGACCACGCCCACGCCCGUGCCCCCGCCCUUUUUGGUGUCGACAAUGCCAGCAACAUUAGCAGGCACGGUGACAGCAACAGUUGUCGGUGCAGCAGCAGCAGCUGCAUCGGGCACAUUGCCAGCGGUUCCCAGCAUAGCGGUUUCUACAACCGCCAGUUUGGGCAAGGAUAGCACUGGCACUGGCACCACCACCACCACGAGCACCACUGUGGAGGCCACCAAGAAGGCAUUUCUCUAAAAAAAAAGAGUGAAACAGCUGAACAACAUGAAAAGCGUUCUCAAACCCAUCAAGCAAUAUUUAGCCUAUAACCUAUCAAAUAUUAACCUUCGCAUACGUAUGACAACUACUUAUGAUUAAUUAUCAAUCUAUUAUCACGCUAACUAGACUCCCAUAUUCGGCCAUAUCAUGACAUACAUAUUACUGUAGCUAUAUAAGUAUUAUUACAAUUAAUAAUGCAACACGGCACUGCUUGGCAUUUCGAGGAGAUACCAAAUAGCGCUUUUAAUAAUGAAGGUUUUUUAUUUAAAAGCUAAUCGAUCCAUUUUAACAAAUCCACAAAUAGCCAGAAAUGUACAGACUACGUAUGUAGGUAACCAUUUUAUCAGUCGCAGAUACAAGAAUUAAAUAACAAAUUGAUUUUAAUUAGUUCCUUAAGUAUUGUCUGACAACAAUUGUGUUUCGCAAGCUUUAAUUUCAUUUAGAAUUUAGUCAAAACAUCAAAGAAUUGUGCUGUUUUUAAAGCUCAGUAAUUGAAAAGUUUUCUGCGAAUUUUCAGUAUUUAUUUAGCUGCCCCAAACAAAAAACAAUCUCAACUAACUCGAUUUUGGUUUGUGCUGUGCAAACAUUAUGAUGCUUAUCAACUUUGUAAAAUUCUAAUUAGAAAAAACUCUAGAAAGCUCCAGACAUCAGAUCUAUAAAAUCAAAUACGAAAAAAGAAAAAAAAAAUAAAGAAACAAAAAAUGUGUGCUUAGAAUUCAUUGGAGCGUUCAACGUUGGCAAUCGCGUCUUAAAGGCACGUGUUAACUUUGGAGCUAAUAAGUACUUACAUCCUAUGGACCAUCUUAUUUGGCUUCAGCGUUGAAUGCUGCGAACCGAAAAACAUUGUGCAAACUUCUAAAAACUUUAGAAAAACAAAUGAAAAAUUCCCGUCUGGCUGUUUCUCAUCAACACACAACACACAAAUUAGCAGCGGGAGUAAAAAAAAAUUAAAUAAAAC